AUGGAUCUUGGCUGCAUUGAUAUGGGCUGCGUCGAGAAGCCAAGAAAAGAAGAAUCCCUUGAGAAAGACACCGGCCCAAAAGAGGAGGCUCUGAUGUCUGCUUCAAAGUCUGCAAAGGACGCUGUUCGUUCUAGCUUGAAUGCUUUGACCAAAAUCACAUCCCAAAUCUCGAAGCCCCCUCGACGCAAAACCUCACCUGUAAAUUGGUUCCCAAGGAAAAAAGUGGAGCCUUAUUUGAAGAGGAAAAUAAAAAUGCUUCAGGAAGUGGACGGGAUGCAAUCAACUCUGGAUGAGACUCUUGGUGAUUCAAAUCCACACUACUCGCGAGUACUUAGAGAAAAGAUUGCAAUAAGAGAGGCUGCAGAGAAAGCUAUGGAGGCUCGAAAAUCUGCCAUGGUGGAAGCAUCUUGGUGUCGUAUACUUCAGGCAGCCAGGAUCGAAAGCAAAGAAGCCGAAGCCCAGCUGGCAAAAGCAGAAAAAUCCGCAUCCGAAGCUUCUGAGGCCGCACGAGCUCUCGGUGUCAUAAUGGACGAUGCACAGAACCACUAUCAAAUCGAAGCAUCAGGUGGGCCCACCGCCACAUCACACACUGUCUCGGCAACUUUUGAGACCGCAUUCGAAGUCGACAAGCAAGUAGCGGCUGCAGUCAAAGAUGCUUUCAUUAAGCUCGCCAGUUGCCCGUCCAUAAACAAGGAAGAAUUCAAAGACUUGCUGCGAAAAAUCAGUGAAAAUCCAGAAAAUGGUGAGAAUUUGAACAUGUCGGAUUUUACUGUUGAUUGUGAAUCAGGUAUUACUGUGGACAUGAUGCUCGAUAGGCUUCGUUGCUUAAAAGAGGAAGAACUUUCUUCUCUGGCUACAAUAGUUGCUACCAGGGGUCUAAAUGCAGCUUUGUCUGAGAAAGGAAAUAAUAAUAAUAGCAACAACAAAAGGUAUUCUUUGUCGAGCUCUUCUUCUUCUUCCAUUGAGAAUGCAGAGAAUUCUCGUCUUAAAGCCCAAAGCAGAAGAAUGUCAGUAGGUGGGAGGAGGAGUUCUUCUUCGUCCGAUGCUGAAAUUCCUAGUUUAGACAAAUUUCUUGUUAAGCGGCUGACGAGGCUCGAAAGGGAUGUGCUGGAAGCGAAAAACGCUCGAAAAACAGAAAAUGAAAAUAAAUUAAUUAUAAGCAGUGAUGAAAAGGUUCCAGAUUUAGGAACUGUUCUUGUGAAACACGCCUCGAAGCUCGAGAAAGAGGUUGAAGGAGCAAAAACAGGCGAUAACAGGAAGAUUCAAAGGGGCCCACGUGUGAACCAAGAUUUCAGUGAGGUUCCCAGCUUGGAUAAGUAUCUGGUCAAACACCUAACAAGGCUCGAGAGGGAGGUGGAGGAAGCGAAGAAUGGCGAAAAGUCAUUCGAGGCAAUAGUAAAGACUGCAUCUUUUUCGACCGACAAAAAGGGGAAAGAGAAUGUGGACACAAACAAAACCCAAAAUAAGGACACAGGCUCUAAUGUUCGUCGUAAAGGAGGCGAUUUGUGGAGUUAUUAUGGCGAGAGUCUGGAUAAAGUUUUGGUGAAGCACGUGUCGAGGUACCCUCGUACAUGCCUCAUAAAUAUGUCAUGA